CCGGCACCCUGUUCAAUCGUUUCCACUCCUGGGGAGGGGCCGCGUCCAUGUCCAGGCUACAAAGGGUCUCCCUCCCGCCUCCCCACGGGGAUCUCAGAGUCUUCACAGGGCUGGCCUGAUACCCCCACCUAGCUGGGGAGAUGGUCCUCAAGGGAGAUGCUUCCUACAGCUUGCAGAGCUUCCAGGUGAUGGGCACAUAAUCCCUCUCCAUUACUUGGGCUACGACAUCACCCUUGGAGCUGGGCAAAUGGAUAUUUAUGAAAAAUAAGUAGUUCAGACAGCACCAGGAGCAACUGGGCCUCAGCCAGGGGCCAUGCCACUGAAAUACUAUCUCCUUCUGCUGGUGGGCUGCCAGGCCUGGGCUGCAGGCUUGGCCUACUAUGGCUGCCCUAGUGAGUGUACCUGUUCCCGGGCCUCCCAGGUAGAGUGCACAGGGGCACGAAUUGUGGCAGUGCCCACUCCUCUGCCCUGGAACGCUAUGAGCUUGCAGAUCCUCAACACACACAUCACUGAGAUCACGGAGGCCCCGUUCCUCAACAUCUCAGCACUCAUCGCCCUGAGGAUGGAGAAGAACGAACUGUCGAACAUCAUGCCGGGUGCCUUCCGAAACCUGGGGUCACUGCGCUAUCUCAGCCUUGCCAACAACAAAAUCCAGAGGCUGUCUCCUGGCCUCUUUCAGGGUCUAGACAAUCUGGAAUCCCUCCUUCUGUCCAAUAACCAACUGGCUCAGAUCCAGCCAGCCCAGUUCUCCCAGUUUAGUAAUCUCAAGGAACUCCAGUUGCAUGGCAACAAUCUGGAAUACAUCCCUGAAGGUGCUUUUGACCACCUGGUAGGACUCACCAAGCUCAACCUGGGCAAGAACGGCUUCACCCGCCUGUCACCUAAGGUCUUCCAGCAUCUCGGCAACCUCCAAGUGCUCCGUCUAUAUGAGAACAGGCUUUCGGACAUCCCCAUGGGCACUUUUGAUGCUCUGGGCAACCUCCAGGAGCUGGCCCUCCAGGAGAACCAGAUUGGCGCACUGUCCCCUGGCCUGUUCCACAAUAACCGCAACCUCCAGAGGCUGUAUCUGUCCAACAACCACAUCUCGCAGCUGCCCCCUGGCAUCUUCAUGCAGCUGCCACAGCUUAACAGGCUCACACUCUUCGGCAAUUCCCUGAAGGAGCUCUCCCCGGGGAUCUUUGGGCCUAUGCCCAACCUGCGGGAACUUUGGCUCUACAACAACCACAUCACAUCCAUCCCUGACAACACCUUCAUCAACCUGCCCCAGCUGCAGGUUCUGAUUCUCAGUCACAACCAGCUCAACUCCAUCGCCCCGGGAGCUUUCAACGGCUUGACGAAUCUGCGAGAGCUGUCCCUCCAUACCAAUGCUCUACAGGACCUGGAUGGAAAUGUCUUCCGAGCGCUGGCCAACCUGCAGAACAUCUCCCUCCAAAAUAACCGCCUCCGACAGCUCCCCGGCAGCAUCUUCGCCAAUGUCAACGGCCUCACCACCAUCCAGCUACAGAACAACAAUCUGGAGAACUUGCCCUUGGGCAUCUUUGAUCACUUGGGGAACCUGUGUGAACUCCGUCUCUACGACAACCCCUGGAGGUGUGACUCAGGUAUCCUCCCACUCCAUAACUGGCUCGUUCUCAACAGAGCCAGGUUGGGGACAGACACUCUUCCAGUGUGUUCCAGCCCAGCCAACGUCCGAGGCCAGUCUCUUGUCAUCAUCAAUAUCAAUCUCCCUGUGCCCAGUGGCCAGGCUCCUGAAGUAUCUAGCUACCCGGAAGUGCCACGCUAUGUAGACCCUGAUCUAGCAGGGUCAUCCAGCUAUCCUGACACCACAUCCGUUUCCUCUACUACAGAGAUCACCACUGCCCUAGAAGACUACACCGAUCUGACCACCAUUGAAGCCACUGAUGACCGCAAUACAUGGGGCAUGACUGAUGCCCAGACUGGACUGGCCAUUGCUGCCAUUGUGAUCGGCAUCAUUGCUUUGGCCUGUUCCCUGGCUGCUUGCAUCUGCUGCUGCUGCUGCAAGAAGAGGAGCCAGGCAGUCCUGAUGCAGAUGAAGGCUCCCAAUGAGUGUUAGGGAAGCAGGCUCGAGCAGGGCUGGGGAAACACGAAACCAGAGGACCAGACAGAGUAUGUGAUCAUUCAGCUUCCAAACCUGGGUCCACACAGCCAAGCUCUGAUGGCCCAGGGGAAAACGCCCCCAUCUUGUCCUGAGCCCCCAGGUCUUCUGUAGAGAAGCAGGCAUUUCAGGACCUUCUGUGCCCAGAGAAAUCUAAUUGGUGAUUAAACAAACAAACAAGCAAGCAACUCCAGAAGGUUCUAGGUCAGUGCCUAGGCAUCCUUCAGAGGGGCCCUCUGCCAAAUCCUCACUACUUCCAAGUACAAGCUCCCUUGCACUCAGCCCCUCCCAGCCUCUGUAGACUUCAUGAUGACAAGGCCUGCUCACAUUAUGAGAUAGUUCUCUGCCGGGACAGCCCGUGCCUAGAAGUAUUAUAUAAGUUGAUUGCUUUUUUUUUUUUUUGCUUCUCUUUUUGUGCCAAGCUUGACUCUGUCCCCUCAAGUAAGAGGUCUCCCUUUGUUUUUCUGCUGCCAAAGUCAGACUUAGGUUCUCUCCGUGAGAAGGUUGGCAGCUCUUAGCUCACUGUGCUGGCUUGGAGGGUGCUGUGCAAGACAGAAAGACACCUAUGCUGUCUGCUCCCCAGGCAGAGUUGUCAUCAGUCUGUAUCGCAACAAGUUCAGCCUUUGCGAGAAGAAUGUUUAAAGUCACAAGAUUUCCUUUGAAGAUCUUAGCCCUUUAUGGUAUAAAAUCAUGCAAAACACGGAGAUCAGCUCACUGAUAAUGACUGAAGGAAGAAACCUGCUGCCUCAGCCCUACACUUUCCCUUUCUGGUUUCCUAUCGAAGGAUGACAUACAUACAGAAAGUGGGAGUGUGAUGGUGUAUGGCCUAGUGAAUUCUCACAAUCUGAAUAGAUACCUGUGUGAUCAGCAUGACAGCAAGAAAUGAUACCACAGUGUCUCCAUUCCACUUGCUCUGGAGGACUUCUGGGGAUGCUGGGGACUUUCUAGCUUUCCAUGGUCUUGGGAGGGAGCCCCCCUACCCCUCCAUCGGCAGCCUUUGCAAAGGCCCGGCUGUGGGGAGUAAAAGAGACAGUCGGGACAAGAGGCAACCAAGCUGGCCAGACCAGAAGCAUGCGAACAACAGUAGCCUGUGUAAGCAUGCAUCUUCCCUGCCAACAAGCCCCAUGCUGCUCAUCAGACUCCCUCUACCCAUCCUCUUAUGGGUAUUAUAUGCCCAAAUCUGUUUCUAAUUUUUGUUCUUCAUUUGGGGGAAGCAAAAUAGCUCAGAGAUGAGAUCUUCCAAUUGAAUAACCAAGUGUAAUGGAAACCAGGAAUCCUUCUGCACUGUGGUCAAAUUCUUCAUUCACAUUAGUUAGUCAGCUGGUAGCUAGACUGCAGGGUGUUCACAGGCAGCAUAUAGCAGGGCAUGCUGGAAGGUCACACGAGGGCGUGGGUUCGCUCCAGAAAACCUUCUGUCUGGGUUCUGAUCAUGAGCUGAAUCAGUUAGUUUAGAGUUUUCUCUUUGAGUGACAGUCGCAAAACAUCUGCCUUGACUGCAUUUCCUGCUACAAUGCAUCUAUUUCCACACUUUAAACAGUUAUGAUCAAGGUGACAUAGCUCUCUCCGGACAGCUGAUACACCUGCACCGAAACAAAAGCAAAUAAACGACCAAGCAGUGGUGCACACUCUGAAUCCCAGCACUGCGGGGCAGAGACAGGCAGAUCUCUGAGUUCAAGGCCAGCCUGGUCUACAGAGUGAGUUCCAGGACAGUCAGGGCUAUGUAGAAAGAGCCUCCCUCAAAAACAAAACAGUGAAACAGAGAAUGUCAGGUUUUUCUGUUAACAAGAGAAGGACUCCAGAUGACCACAGGGAUCAGGAAAUGUAUCUCUAACCUACAGUGGUUCUUAUGGGGCAAAUGAGAAACCCCUCCGAGUCUUGGCAACAGAGAGCUUACAGGAGUUCCAGACCUCCCCUCCAGUUCCCUGGCAGAAUAAUCCAGAAAGAAUACUUGUGAGAACCGACACACUCUGCCCCAGGGAACCUGAUGUCAGUCAAAAGGUAUCAUCUCCCCAAGGCAUACCCUGGUACACAUGGACCAAAGCUGUCCCCAACCCCAGAGUGAGUGUGAUCGUGGUUCUGCCGACUGGGGCCUGCUGGUGGGUGAGGCAGGGCUGGGCCUGCUUUAUUGCAGAUGGAAGCUUGGCGUAGUACUGUGUUCCCAGAACCAUUUGAAGCCCCCCCCCCCCCGUGAGCUAUGUCCAGCCUCAAUGGGCUAGGGACGGAGGAAAGUGGAGUCCACACUAUCCGGUGUCCCCUGCCAGUUAUAACCUGGAACUGCUGGCCACUUCUGACAUUGGCAGUGACAGUCAUUUGCCUUGCUGGCCCAAAGGCUGGCUUGGGGGCAGCUGUCUUCUCAAGGCCUGCCUAGGAGCUCACAGGCAGAGAGUUAAGUGCGCAGGUGCAGGUGACAUGGCAGCCUUUCCCUUCCUCCCCACUACAGUGUCCAGAUGGAACUGCUCCUUAUUAAUGGGGCUUUUGGUUUCUCCACGUUUUCUAGCCCUAGAUGCAGGGAACACUGCAUGGAGGGUCCUUUCCAACAAGAUAAUGCAUUUUGCUCAAUUCUUGGGGCUGGAAUAAACUCUGUGGCCCCUAGAAACUUGUGACACAGUGUGGAGUUCAGCUCACUUUCCCUCUCUGUCACUGCUUCCUGGACACCAUCUCCAGCGUUUGUGUGGAGGGGGGGGCUGAUGCUGAAAGAGAGCUAAGAAGGCCACCUAGAGUCACCACACUAACGGAUUUGUGCCUGGGUGCCCUUCAAGGCUCCACAUGUAUUCUCCUUCUAACCCUCUUGACUCCUUGUGAAAUUAGUCCCACUAGCAUCCUCUUGUGUUAGGGCCUUUUCUGCAGUGCCCAACAGACAAUCUCUGUACAAAGCCUUCUGGGCUCCCUAGGGCUUUUAUCACUAAGGAAACAGGCUGCCCACAAGCAGCUGGGAUCUUGGGGCUUCUCACUGGCACCACACAGUUCCCACGGCCAUCGUGAUGGCAGAAUGGAACUCUGGAAUCCACUUCCAGUCUUGGGAAGGACAUGGCAAGCAGGUUGAUAACCCCAGUCAGGAGGAAAGCCUUGUGUGUAUCCCAGACUUAGCCAGCCAUAAGCUACUCCAAGGUUCAGCCCCAGGCCCCAUGGUCAGAAUCAGAUCUGGCCAUUGAAUGACGAUGAUCUCAGGAAGGAAGCCACUAGUGUGGCCAAACAGAGAGCAGCAGGAAGUUUCUGGGUGAAGCACCACCCGGUCCCAGGACCCUUCCCCUAAGGAGAGAGGGUUAUUGCCUCCCAUUGCCUUUGCUCUGCUAGAACGCUUGCCUUACUAGGUGAUCUUUGCAAAUUGCCCCAGUUGCUAGCAUAGCAUUUAGAGAUUUCUAGGCCCCUGGUGUUUUGUCUAAUGUGAGCCCUGGUGGGCAGGGUUGGGGGGAUCUGUCUUUUGCUAGAUGCUACUUAUGAUAGAUUUGGUGCACAGAAUCAACAAUAAACGUAUAUGUGGGA